UUUCAGUUUAGUUUUAAAAGCUGUUUUGCUAGUAAAACCUUGCACAUGAGGAGAUGUUGCACAUCUUUCAUUGUGAUUCUAAUAUGCGGUUGAGACCACAGGGCUUGAAAGCGGAAGUCUUUCUUGAACAAAUAGUAGUUCACAUUGUCUUUCACAUCUCAUAAGCCAGAUCAUCCACAGAGGUACUAAUUUCUUUUCAGAAGACAGAAUGAAUAACUCCUCCUGUACUCGCAUCAGCUUUGACUUUGAACACAGAUUCCUGCCUCCUGUCUUCAUCUUAGUCUUCAUCAUUGGUCUGCUAGCUAAUGGAUGGGGAUUGAAGUCUUUGCUGCAGAAUUGGAAGAAACUGGGUAUCGUUAAAGUGUUUGUUCUCAAUCUUGGACUUGCUGAUAUUCUGUACCUGCUCACACUCCCCUUUUUGGUGGUGUACUACUUUAUGGAGAGCAAGUGGAUCUUUGGAGUCGCAUUCUGCAAGAUAACACGAUUCUGCUUCAACCUGAAUUUAUAUGGCAGCAUCGGGUUCCUUACAUGUAUAAGUGUGUACAGGUACCUGGCUAUUGUCCAUCUAGUGAAAGUGAUGGGAAGAUUAACUCUGACUCACUCUGUGGGGAUCUCAGUCAUGGUUUGGUUCUUGGUGAGCAUUCAAAGUCUUCCGGACAUGUUCUACAGCAAAACAUUUGUAAACAAGCCUGGGAAAUGUUAUGAUACUACCCAUAAGAGAUAUGUGGAUGAUUACAUUAAAUACAGCCUUGGAUGGACACUCACUGGGUUUUGUAUCCCAUUGCUCAUCACACUGGGCUGCUAUGGACAUGUGAUUGUCGUUCUCUGCCGCACAAAUGCCACUCACAAGGUACUGAAACAGAGAAGCUUGAAGUUGUUGUUCAUCGUGAUUCUUCUCUUCUCUGUUUGUUACAUCCCCUAUCAUGUACUGAAGAACCUCAACCUCUGGUCAAGAGUUCUGCAAAAUCAGAAGAUAUGCCGUGAAUGGUCUAAUGGAGUCUACAUUGCUCAUCAGAUAAGUCGUGGCCUCGUGUGUCUGAACAGUGCUCUCAACCCUCUGGUUUACCUCCAUGGAAAUGAAGAUAUUCCUGCUCAGCUCAGACAGCUGCUCCAGCAAGCUCGUCUGAUAUCCAGCCGGUUGUUUCGGUCAAACUCCAGCUCUGUGCCUGUGGCUGAAACUGCAGAUGAAGUUCAACAAGAGUUAACAUGAACUGUUAUAGUAAUAAAUAUAUAAUCACAACUAGUAGUGUGAAUUGAUUACAAUGUAAAUUAAAUCUUCAGUCUUUUUCUUAUGAGUUGCUUUCUUUGCCUAAAACAUAGUUUUGCUGUGAUCUUUAGAUGUCAUGAUGUGAUAACCAUAUGCUAAGUCAUCCAAAUAAAGGAAGUUAAGAUAAACCACAGCUCUUGAUGUGUCAUUGUUUUCUUUCAAAACCGACUUAACUAACUAACUAACUUUCUGACUGAUUCUUCAACAUUAUUCUCAAGAAUCUGCUGCUAUUGAGUGAUAUCCAUGUGACCCUCAACUUUAACAAGAUUCCCAGUACCGGCAAUGGCCACACAGUCCCACAGCAUGAUGGAACCUCCACCAAAUUUUCUCACCGUCCUUCGCCUUUGCCUCUCCAAUAUUUUACUUGGCCUGCCACUUCUGGCCUUAACAAGAACUGUACCUUUGGUCUUCCAUUUCCUCACUAUGUUCCUCACAGUGGACACUGACAGCUUACAUCUCUGCGAUAGCUUUUCGUAGCCUUCCCCUAAACCAUAAUGUUGAACAAUCUUUGUUUUCCAGUCAUUUGAGAGUUGUUUUGAGGCCACACUCCCACCAUCCACCUUAAUGCUUAAUGAGCUCACCAAACCAAUUGUGUGUUCCAAUUAAUCAGUGCUAGGUAGUUACAGGUAUUCAAAUCAACAAAAUGACAAGGGUGCCCAAAUUUUUGCAUAGCCUAUU